AAAGCUCGAGAGAUAGAAAUUGAUAGGCGAGGCGUCGCCGCGUCAUCGUCCCAAAGCUGUUGCUUCUUCUUCUGUAAACCCCCCACACCCCCACCCCGCCUCUCUCUCUCUCUCUCUCAGCUAACCAUGUCUGUCACUCAAGCUUCUUCCUCUCUCUAUACUUCCAUCCAUGGAAUUUUCGCGUCGAGGUCAGCAAAAAUCCCUGGUGCUAUCACUCGGCGUACCGUGGUGAACGUGGCUCGAAUGGGGAAUUCUUUCGCCACUGGUUCUCCGCUCUCGAUGUCGAGAAUUGCUGGUCAAAGGAAGACUGCAUGCAAAGCUACACCAUUUUCCAUCAGGUGUGAUCUGAGCACCAAGGAUGGCAAUGGUUUGGAUGUAUGGCUAGGGCGGGUGGCGAUGAUUGGCUUUGCAACAGCUAUUAGUGUUGAAAUAGUAACUGGAAAAGGACUUCUGGAGAAUUUUGGGCUCACAUCCCCGUUGCCAACAGUGGCACUGGGAGUUACAGCAUUGGUGGGAGUUUUGACUGCAAUAUUUAUCUUCCAAUCUGCCUCUAAGGGUUGAUCACUUCGAAGAUUUUGCUUGGUGCUCGUGAAGCUUUUGGAAUACUUUCUUUGUUACAUUCUUGUUGAUAUAUGUAAUUUUGUUUGAUUACCCACAAAAAUUACAACCGUUUAGAAUGUGACACAUUGACAUCGUUCAUGAUUCAUGUAAUGUCUUGUCCAUGCGAGGUGAUUUCUGUCAGAA